AUUUACGACCAAUUGGUAAACAGAUCCUGCUUUACGGCAGAGCGUUAUCUUUGCGUUAGAGAGUGGCAACAACACACAGUGAGUGCAUCGAAGCUGCGACUGUCUGAAGAGUGCUGCUUAGGCAAUGCGCUUUGGACUGCCUGCUACAGAAGGAUUGCAGGCUGGUGGACCUCUGAGGGCAUUCUUUGUGGUGAAUUGGUUGCUUAGUGUGUUGAUGCUCACGCUGCUGAGGACUGUGGGAUUGAGAGCGUUCUCCAUGGCGUCCGAGACCUACAUUUCGGGCACACACUCCGCUGCCUUUGUCACCUGCCCCAACGAACAGGUGGCCAAAGAUCUGGCCAGGGCCAAGUUGAGCUGAACUGAGCWGAACUGGUUACACAUCCACCAGGGCUGCUUGAACCGUGYWGGAAAGGACCAUKUCAAAAGAAAAUAUCAGAGCCGAGGCAUCGUUGAGAAGAAGCUGGCUGCUUGUGUCAACAUCGUCCCCAAAAUCACAUCUGUAUAUGAAUGGCAGGGGAAGAUCCAGGAGGAUAGUGAAGUUUUGCUGAUGAUAAAGACCAGAAGCUCUAAGGUUGCGUCUCUGGCAGAAUAUGUUAGGUCCAAUCACCCGUAUGAAGUAGCAGAGGUCAUCAGCCUACCCAUAGAGCAGGGCAACCCACCCUACCUCAAGUGGCUCGGUGACGUUGUACCAGAAUGAUGGAUGGAUGGAGAGAGGAAGGGAUAGGUGGAUGGACAGAGGGAGGCUGCGAGAAAUGUUUUUGGAAUAAUAAAAUCUGCAGAAAUGUGACUAAAACGUA